AUGAAAUUGAAGGAGCAGAUGAAAAAGACAGUGUUCUAUGAGUUGACACUUAAGCAAAGAUGGGAGAAGAUAUUUUCAAAGGAAAAUAAUGAUGGAGAAAAUCUGGCUGUGUUUGUGGAUGUUGUUGUUCAAACAGAAGUUGCAAAGAUUGCAGGAAGGGAAGCUGUUUGGAAUGAGAAUGGUGAGAGGGUGGUGUGGUUUAAGAGUUUUGACGAUGAGGGGUUGGAAAUUACAAGUGUUGGGCUGAGUUUGAAAAUUGUUGAUAGAAUGAGAUGGGAGCAAGAAAGAGUUGGAUGGAUUGCUGGGAAUCAAAGGCAAGUGAGAGUGGAAAGAGUUGAGGAGUUUGGAGGAACAAACAGGUGGAGGAAAUUUAGUUGUUAUGCAUUGGUGGAAAGUUUUGUAUUGAAGAGAAUGGAUAGAAAAUUGGUGCUAACUUGUGAUUACAGGCACACACAUCAAAUUCGGUGCAUAUGGGAGUGA